AUGGGGCAGCAGGACCUCCCGUGCCCUGACGGGCCCCCGCCCAUGCUCCCGUGGCCACUGGCCCUCCUGGCCCUGAGCGCCUGCUGCCCCUGGGGGGUGGCCGGCGGGGCAGGGGGCACCGUGCCCCAGCAACAUGCCUCCCCCUCAACCCCUUCCUCUUCAUCCUCAUCCUCCUCCGGCCGGGCACCCCUCGACUGGCUCCUCACCGACCGAGGACCCUUCUACCGAGCCCAGGAGUACGUGGACUUCAUGGAGCGCUACCGGCAGGGUUUCACCACCAGGUACAGGAUCUACAGAGAGUUUGCUCGCUGGAAGGUGAAUAACUUGGCCUUGGAGAGGAAAGACUUCUUCAACCUGCCCCUUCCCCUGGCCCCCGAAUUCAUCCGCAACAUCCGCCUGCUGGGGCGCCGGCCCAGCCCUCAGCAGAUCACAGACAGCCUCAUCAAGAAGUAUGGGACCCACUUCUUGCUGGCAGCCACGCUGGGAGGAGAGGAGUCCUUGACCAUUUUUGUGGACAAGCGCAAGCUGAGCCGGAGGGCAGAGCCUGCCAGGGGGGCUGGGAACAGCUCAGGGGUCUCACUGGAGACCCUGCACCAACUGGCAGCCUCCUACUUCAUCGACCGGGAGAGCACGCUGCGCCGGCUCCACCACAUCCAGAUCGCCACGACCGCCAUUAAGGUGACAGAAACUCGGACGGGGCCGCUCGGCUGCAGCAACUAUGACAACCUGGACUCUGUGAGCUCCGUCCUGGUGCAGAGCCCCGAGAACAAAGUGCAGCUCCAAGGGCUGCAGACGGUGCUCCCCUCCUACCUGCGGGAGAGGUUUGUGGCGGCCGCGCUCAGCUACGUCGCCUGCAGCUCGGCCGGGGAGCUGGUGUGUCGCCGGAGCGACUGCCGCUGCCGCUGCCAACCCGCCUUCCCCGCCUGCAACUGCCCCGAGGUUGACAUCCAGGCGCUGGAGAACAGCUUGGCCCAGCUCCAGAGAGCCUGGGAGAGCCACCACAGUCAGUUCGAGGAGUCAGAGGAGUUUCAGGCCCUGGUGAAGAGGCUCCCCGGGGACCGUUUCCUGAACAGGACAGCCAUCUCCCACUUCUGGGCCAUGGACCUGGAUGUCCAGCACCGUUACCAGCAGCUGGGCACCAGCCUGAAGCUGCUCUCCAGGAAAACCCACCGACUCAUCCGGCGACUCUUCAACCUCAGCAAACGCUGCCACCGGCAACCUCGCUUCAAACUGCCCAAGGAGAGGUCCCUCCCUUACUGGUGGAGCCGCGCGCAGUCGCUGCUGUACUGCAGCGAGACCACCGUGCCUGGGACCUUCCUGGAGGAAAGCCACAGCUGCACGUGUCCCUCUGACCAGCCCUCCUGCCAGGGCUCCAUACCGUGUGCCUUGGGCGAGGGGCCAGCCUGUGCCAGCUGUGCCGAGGACAACGGCACCCGCUGCGGGACCUGCAACCACGGCUACGUCCUCACCCAGGGCUUCUGCCGCCCGGAGGUGGCCGACUCCCUGGAGCACUACCUGGGCUUGGAGACAGACCUGCAGGACUUGGAGCUCAAGUACCUCCUGCAGAAGCGGGACAGCCGCAUCGAGGUGCACUCCAUCUUCAUCAGCAACGACAUGCGCCUGGGGAGCUGGUUUGAUCCCUCCUGGAGGAAGCGCAUGCUCUUGACCCUGAAGAGCAACAAGUACAAGCCCGGGUUGGUUCACGUGAUGCUGGCCCUCUCCUUGCAGAUCUGCCUCACCAAGAACAGCACCCUGGAGCCUGUCAUGGCCAUCUACGUCAACCCCUUUGGGGGAAGCCACUCGGAGAGCUGGUUCAUGCCUGUCAACGAGGGCAGCUUCCCAGACUGGGAAAGGACUAACGUAGAUGCCUCUGCCCAGUGUCAAAACUGGACACUUACCUUGGGCAACAAGUGGAAGACCUUCUUUGAAACGGUCCACGUCUACUUGCGGAGCCGCAUCAAGUCUCUGGAUGACAACUCCAACGAGACAAUCUACUACGAACCUCUGGAGGUGGCAGAUCCCUCCAAGAACCUGGGCUACAUGAAAAUCAACAGCUUGCAAGUCUUUGGCUACAGCCUGCCCUUUGAGCCAGACGCUAUCCGUGACCUGAUCCUCCAGCUGGACUAUCCCUACACCCAAGGCUCCCAGGACUCAGCCAUGCUCCAGCUGUUGGAGAUCAGGGACAGAGUGAACAGGUUGUCCCCCCCUGGCAAAACCCGCCUGGACCUCUUCACUUGCUUGCUCCGCCACAGGCUCAAGUUGGCCAACAACGAGGUGGCCAGGAUCCAGUCCUCCUUGAGGGCCUUCAACUCCAGGCUGCCCAACGCUGUGGAGCAGGAGAUGGGCAAGCUGUGCAGCUAACAGCUGCUCAGAUCUCAGAGCAAGGGGGCUGGGAGAAAGG